CAGCUAUAGAAGACAGAGAUAGUAUGUUUCAUAUGAGCUAACGUGUGCACAUGGAGAAAAAAGAAGAAACAUUGCCUGCCAAAUUGUGCGUGUGGUCCAAUGCGAGCAAGACGUGUGGUCAAAUCAUAAACGUCUCGGCUGUGCAACUUCAUUCGGAAGGCGAGACAUUGAGCUAGAGAGUAGCUAUUCAGACUGGAAACGCUGAGUUGUUAAGAUGGCACCGAAUGCAGCAGAGCUAAAAGUGAAACCCGCAUCGGAUUCGACCGGCAUUAAUGCCAUACUGCUGGGACCACCUGGGUCCGGGAAAGGAACACAGGCGCCACUAUUAAAGGAAAAAUAUUGCGUAUGUCACCUUUCGACCGGGGAUAUGCUUCGAGCAGAAAUAGCGUCCGGUUCGAAGCUGGGCGCGCAGCUCAAAAAGGUGAUGGAUGAGGGCAAGUUGGUAUCCGAUGAGCUAGUGGUGGAUAUGAUCGAUUCCAACCUGGACAAACCGGAAUGUCGCAAUGGUUUUCUGUUGGACGGUUUCCCACGCACGGUAGUGCAGGCGGAGAAAUUGGAUAAUCUUCUUGAAAAACGCAAUACCGGCCUGGACGCAGUAAUUGAGUUCGGCAUCGAUGAUAGUCUGCUGGUGCGUCGUAUUACCGGACGCCUGAUCCAUCAGGCAAGCGGACGGUCUUACCAUGAGGAAUUUGCGCCACCCAAGGUGCCUAUGCGAGACGACGUAACGGGAGAGCCUUUGAUGCGCCGCAGUGAUGACAACGCACAGGCACUGGUGAAACGUCUUGAAUCGUAUCACCGACAAACCAAGCCUCUGGCUGAUUACUAUGCGUUGCGAGGAUUGCAUUUCCGCGUGGAUGCCGCAAAAAGUGCAUCUGACGUGUUUGCUAAUAUCGACAGCAUCUUUACCAAACAGCGUGCCCAUCGAUUAGGAUUCUAAUGAUUCCCGGACCGAUAUCUCCUUCAUACCCCAUUCGACUGGAAACACACGACAACGGAUAAUGACACCCGGAAAACGCAACCAGCUAACUACCUGUGACUUCUUUUUACGUUACUUUUAAAUUAACCACACGUGCGUCACGACGUGCGCUCGGCAUUUCCCACCAUUGUGUCCCAAUCCUAUACCUGCAACACUGGUAGUAAGAAUUUAAAGUUUUUCAAAAAUAAGCAAAUAAAAAGUGGAUCAUUUUGGAAUCUUGUUA